AUGGCCUCUGUCUCAGAGCUCCCCUGCAUCUACCCGGCCCUCACCCUGCACGGUGAGGUGACGGUCACCGAAGGUAAGAUCAAUGCCCUCAUUAAAGCAGCCGGUGUAAAUUUUGAACCUUUCUGGCCAGGCUUGUUUGCAAAGGCUUUGGCCAAUGUCAACAUCAGGAGCCUCAUCUACGAUGUGGGGGUUGGUGGACCUGCUCCGGCAGCUGGUUCUGCACCAGCAGGAGGUCCUACCCCCUCCACCACUGCCGCCCUAGCUGAGGAGAAGAAAGCAGAAGCAAAGAAAGAAGAAUCUGAAGAGUGUGAUGAUGACAUGGGCUUUGGUCUUUUUGACUAA